AUGGCAAGAUGGGUCCGUCUUCACAGCUCAAAGACCGGGGGAGUGAAAAAUAGCAAAGGAGCAGGUGACAGUGAAGUCGUACCAGUUUCCAACUCGAAGCCCACGGUCACCACGACUAUCGCUACCGACUCGCCUCCUGACCGGCUGACUCCUACAGCCCUAGCCUCAACGACGAAGGGAAGUGAUACACACACAUCCUCAACGAAUCACUCGAGCACCUUGCACGGUGAUGCUGGAGUCGACGCGGAACUCCCUGGCAGGCAAUGGAUCGAGACAACCGUGGAUAAGCUAUUGAAAGUCCGGGAGGAGAAGCGGUUUAGAAUGUCGGUGCCAGGUCGCGAUAUUACCAUACGGACACAAGUCCAGAGACUAGCAAAGUUCUUAUUAUGGUCGGAUCCAUUUGUGAAGACGGCUGUGAGUACCCAGCCUUACCCAGCGCUGGCAUGGUCCGGAUUUUCGCUCCUUACAAGCGGCACUACUAAAAAUGAAGCUAUGCUGCAAGACUUUAAUGCGAUCAGCGACCUCCAAGUGUAUUGGAAGGUCUGCGAGAAAAGCUACGUUCGCUCCACCCAUCGGGGGAUUAUCAGGAUCUCGUUGAGCCCAUCACCAUUUUGUAUUCUUACAUGCUGGAAUACCAGGCCCUUGUCAAUUGCCAUCUCUCCCAAGCCCAAAAAGAGCAACAAAUUGGAUGAAAUCUACCGCAUUCGUUACUUACCAAUUGGAGAACAGGAUGAGCUUCGUAAGAACAGGGACAGUCUGCUGAAAGGGCCUAGGCAUGGCAAAUUCGUUCUAUCACGGUCCGUGGUUGACGAGGGACAACUAUGCGCUCUUACUACCAAUAUCGUCACGGACUCGACUAUCUUAUUGUCUGCUGGUACCGUUCCAUACUUCAUUUUCAAGGAUGUAGGGGAUGGUCCCAUGGAUGGUGCUCAGGUGCUGUGUGCGAUACUACACCCGUUGUUUACGAGCUCCUCUCAAGUUGGUGGCAAGUACGCAUUCCCACUCCACAAAGAGAAUGGCCUGAGUCUCACUAAUAUAUCCUCCGUUCUCUGGGAAAUCCUGGUCACGUGCGUUGUUUGUUCAGAUGCGGAAGUAACUAUCUGUGUGCUUGAUGCCCUCGACGAAUGUAAUGAGGAGAGUAGGCGUAAAAUAAUUUGGACACUCGAGGCUUUCUAUUCUGCAAACCAGAGAUUACCAAGUUCUUCAAAGUUGAAGUUCCUUGCCACAAGCUGCCCAUACACGAAUAUCGAACAAUCCUUCCAAAGGUUUCCAGGGACAGCAGCAUAUCUGCAUUUCGACGGCGACGACAGGUCCGAGCAAAUUGGCCGCGAGAUCGAUCUCGUAAUCAAUGCCAGAGUUCGAGACGUCGCAGGAGUCUACACCAUCGAUGAUCAACACCGGAUCUCCAAGCGCCUUAAGCGCAUGCAGAAUUGUACAUACCUAUGGCUACACUUCUCGUUUGACAUUAUCGAGAAGAGCCCCACGGACUACGGCAGACGGUCCGAUAUCGAGGGGCUAUUUCCAAAUCUGCCAUCUGAAGUUUCCAAGACAUACAAAAAGAUUCUGCCCAAAGUACAAAUCCCCUGCGGAGGAGAUUCUUCUUCAACUAGCUCUCACUGCUGCACAGCCUCUUUUCCCUUGACGAGGUGA